AAGAAGAAGCAAGACUGUGAGCUGUGCGUGCAGAGGCUCGUGGUGCGCCUGAAGACAGCUGCCGUGCCGCGCGUCUCCUCCUCACCCGCAGGUAUGUUCACCCGGAUGGUAAAGCUGAGACUCCUGAAUGCUGUUGCUCCUGCCUACUUCUUCGUGGCUACUGUGGUCACUUUCAUCCUGUACUUCUGCCUCUUCAUCCCCACCAUCUUCCCCGGUGCGGACACCACCCUGAGGGGCUCCACCACCCUCCACAUCCUGGCCUUCCUCUUCCUCAUGUUCAAUGCGCUGGGCAACUACGUAAUGACUAUCAAAUACCCAGCCGAGAGCGCCAAUGAGAGCGCGGUGCCCGUGUGCUCCCCUCACUGCUCCGACAAGGUGGACGCUCACUACCUCCUGAACGGCCGCCACUUCUGCAAACUGUGCAAGAAGGUCAUUCUCAAACGGGACCACCACUGCUUCUUCACCGGGAACUGUAUCGGCAACAAGAACAUGCGUUACUUCAUCAUGUUCUGCGUAUACACGUCCUGCACCUGCCUGUACUCGCUGGUGCUCGGGGUGGCCUUCCUCACUGUGGAGUACUCCAUCUCCUUUGACAAUCCUCUGACUUUCCUCACUCUGCUCCCACUCUCCACAGGAUACUUCUUUAUGGGAAGUAUCUCAGGCCUGCAGCUCUUCCUGGUCCUGAUGUUGUACGUGUGGCUGGGCAUCGGGCUGGUGUGUGCAGGCUUUUGCUGUCAGCAGGUGCUCCUGGUGGCUCGGGGGCAGACCUGGUGCCAGAUGCAGAGGGGGGAGCUGGUGGACAAUCACAGCCCCUGGAGGAGUAACCUAAAGGACGUGUUUGGGACGCGCUGGAUUUUGGGUCUCAUUCUGCCCGUUCAGACUGUGGAGAUGAGCUCACAAGAGACAGAGGACCUCAAACAAGACUAACUCAGCAUACUGUAUGUUUAUUAUUGCACAACAUGGAAACUAUACAGUGUUCAGUAACAGAGAUGGCCAAAAAUUUUACUGAAGAGUAACAUUACUUCACAGUAAUAUUCCUCAAAUAGAAGUACAAAGUAGUGGUCCAGACUCACUCUAGUAAGACUACAAAAGUAUUUGGGAAAAGUACUCCUCAGUUAAAAGUAAUUUUAGGAGUAACUGUCUAAGUUGAUUUAAUUUGAAGAACAAAACAUGUACAAAAAUCUGGUAUUUUAUUUUCCUUUUUAUAUAAAUUAUUAACACAAAAAUUAGGAAAACUAAGUAAGAAGGAGCCGUGGAAGAAACACAAAUGUUCAAAUCAUUUCAUAUUGUCAACAUAAUGCUUUUGUCACUUGUAGACUUAUUCACAAUGUGGGUAAGUAAGUAAGUAAGUAAGUAAGAGUACUGUUACUUCAAUCAAAGUAUUACUAUCAUUAUUAUUAGAAGUAAAGGUAUUCUGCUAGAAAAAUACUCUGAAAAGUAAAAUUUUCUUAAAAACUUACUCAGGUAAAUGUAACUGAGUACUACCCACCUGAAUUAUGUUGUAUUUUGCAGUUAUCUUUAGAUACCAUUCUGAGAAGUUCAAUUACUGAUUAAAAAAAAAGUAAAGUGAUAAAUUCAAGUUAUUUAAUUUUAAUGCUAUAGUGUGGAACUUUCCACACCAAACAAAAACAUUUCCAUGGGGAUAAGCUGGUGACAGACUUUCCAUUUGAAGUGGUACAUAGUGCACCUUGAAGUUCCCACACUGUUUCAUUUGUCAGUUAGAUAAACUCUAUGGCCAUAUAUUGAGUUUGUUGCUAAAACACUGAUUUUACAUUGACUGAUUGUGAGAAUAUCUUAAUACUUUGUGCAGCUGUGAAAUAGGUAAGAGGUACACUUUUUAACAAAUGAACUUUGAUUAUUGUGUUAGCGUUUGGUCCUUUCUUUUGAGGAAGGAACCAUUACAAUCUUUAAUUUACUUGUGUGUAUGUCUUAGUUAAGGCAAUAUUUUGAGAUUUUAAACACAUAUGAUCAAAUAUUUAUAUCACCAAUACCUAUAUUUAAGGAUUAAAUAAAUAUAUAUGCUAUAAUGUUAAGUGCUUUUAAAUCUAGGUUAUUUCAUAGCACAUUCAGGAUAAGGAAUUGCACAAGUUGUAUACUUUGUAAUGCUCUAAUAACUUAAGGGCUUGUAUAGAGACGUACCGUCUCACAGCAUCAA